UCUUCACUUCAUUCUUUCUCCCUUCUUCACUGCUUUCUCUUCUUCUCUGCUUCGCUUUCCGAUCGAAACCCCAAGGAGACACGCUUCCAUGGCGACCAGCGAUGCUGUAGUCCUCGCAUGGGGAUCAGGGGAGGAUGGGCAGCUGGGUAUGGGGGACUGGGAGGAGAAGGACUGGGCCUGUAGCAUUAAGGGCCUUGAGUCCAAGAACAUCACUGCAGCAGUUGCUGGGAGCCGGAACUCCCUUGCCAUCUCAGAGAAUGGUCAUUUGUAUACAUGGGGAUGGAACCAGAGGGGAACACUGGGCCACCCACAAGAGACUAAAACUGAGAGCGUCCCUAGCCUUGUCAAGGCCCUAGCUGAUGUCAAGAUUGUUCAGGCGGCAGUUGAUGGUUGGCAUUGCCUGGCGGUAGAUGAUCAAGGCCGAGCCUAUGCUUGGGGCGGGAAUGAGUAUGGUCAAUGUGGGGAGGAACCUGAGAGGAAGGAAGAUGGUAGCAAGGCUCUAAGGAGAGAUAUUGCAAUCCCUCAAAGAUGCGCUCCAAAGCUUUCUGUGCGGCAGGUAGCAGCAGGUGGCACCCAUUCGGUCGUGCUAACAGUGGAGGGGCAUGUCUGGACCUGGGGCCAACCAUGGCCCCCUGGAGAUAUUAAACAAAUAUCAACUCCUGUGCGAGUACAAGGCCUUGAACAAGUGAGGCUGAUUGCUGUUGGUGCAUUUCACAAUCUAGCACUCCUGGAGGAUGGAGUUUUAUGGGCAUGGGGAAACAAUGAGUAUGGACAGUUGGGAACUGGAGAUACUCAACCAAGGUCACAACCAAUUCCUGUCCAAGGGCUAUCUGAUCUCACUUUGGUUGAUAUUGCUGCAGGUGGAUGGCAUUCUACAGCACUAACCGAAAAGGGGGAGGUCUAUGCUUGGGGAAGAGGAGAACAUGGGCGGCUUGGAUUUGGAGAUGACAAAAGCAGUAAAAUGGUUCCCCAGAAGGUCCAGCUUCUAGCAGCAGAAGAUAUUGUUCAGAUGUCCUGUGGAGGCACACAUUCAGUAGCGCUUACAAGAGAUGGGAGAAUGUUUUCAUUCGGUCGAGGAGAUCAUGGGCGCCUUGGGUACGGGAGAAAGGUGACAACUGGGCACCCGAUGGAAGUUCCUAUCAACCUACCAGUACCAAAGAACAGCACUGCAGGUGGCCGGUGGCGUGCAAAGUUUGUUGCAUGCGGUGGCCGGCACACCUUGACAGUCGCAGAAUGGGUAAAUGAAUAGUUAAGCAGCAAAAACACCCAUCAUUGCCAACAAACAAGUCAGCAAUCAUACAUCCCUGACUUACACAGGUAAUAAUCUAUAUCUCAAAGGUUUAACUUAAAUAAAAAAACCGACCUUUGUAUAAAUUAAAUGAGAUGUAAGAUCACAACUAAACUUGGGACGGUGGGGCGUGUUGUAUGCUUUUUUCAAACUGGGGGUGGUGUGUCUGGGAUUUGUUACUCUUCCAAACUUGGGACGGUGGGGGUGCAUGUUGUAUGUUUUGUUUUGUUUUUUUAUUCAAACUGGGGAUGGUGUA